CGCAUCUUCUCUCCUGGCCCAGGCUCAUCUCACCCUCGUUCCCUCAUCCUCCCUCAAAUCCGUCUAGGUCACCAUGGUCGAAUGGCACUCCAACACCGAGCUUGCCGUCGAUGGCACUGUCUUUCUCAAGUUCAUGCACGCGCUCUCGGGUCUUUACUUCUGGGAGUUCGUAACUUCCCUCGAGUUUGAGUGGUCCUUCAUCACCGGCAAGAGGCGCUUCCAUUACCCCGCGUUGUUUUACUUCCUGAACCGGUACUGCUUGCUGUUCACGAUGAUCGGCAUUUUGAUCGCUUUGGACACUACGGUUGAGGUCAACUGUCAAGCUCUGUACACCUUCAACCAGAUAAUGGGCCAGGCCUCAUCCGGUCUGGCUAGCAUUAACCUGUCCAUCCGGACUAUGGCUCUGUGGUCGCAUGACAAGCGCAUUGUCAUCCCGAUCGUCAUCGUCAUCCUCGGACACUGGUCUCUCAUCCUCCAAGGCGUCCUCCUCACCGCCAUCUGGGUCCCCGGUCAGGGUUGCGUCGUUGCGGGCACGAAGAACACCAUCCUUGCCGCGACAUUCAUUUACUCCAUGUGCUUCGACCUCGGUAUCCUGCUUCUCAGUUUGUGGAAGUGUGUCGUCGGCGUCAAGGGCGGCCGCUCACAGCUCAUGACCCUCCUGUUCAAGGACGGUCUGAUGUACUUCUUCAUCGCCUUCUUGUCCAACCUGCUGGCGGUCGUGUUCAUCAUGCUGAACUUGAACGCUAUCAUGAGUGUCAUCUUCAACGUUCCUGCUGCCAUCUUCUCGACAAUCGUCGCCUGCCGUGCAGUGCGCCGUCUCACCAACUUCUCCCAGAGGGGUGCUGAGGUCUUCUCGAGCACCGGUCACAGCUUCCGCGCUGCCCCCACGGGCACCCGCGGCACGGUUCCCGUAUCCCCGAUGAAGGGACCUUCUGGCGUUCAUGUCCAGAUGCAGACCUUUACCGUUGCUGAUGAGGACCACCUGUCGGACUACAACUCUGAGGACGUCUCUCAGAAGACGAGACUGCCCGACCCUGAGGCUGGUGACGCGGAGAUCUCUGCUGAGUUCAAGCGUCCACCAUACUGAGCGGGUCCUCCUCACGUCGCUCUUCGUCUCUGAUUGGGGCGGACAGCGCGUGGCGGGCGACUGGUCCCCCUCUGCUCAGCGCCGAUCCUUCUGCAUCGGCGCAUCGAGGCAAUCGCGUGAUGCAGCGCAUAGAACGGGCGGCGGGCGCGCACAUAGCUUGGCUUGGUUCCUACAUUACAGCUUCCGACCUCCACAGCUUUCAUACCUUACGGAACCGCACACUCAUACCCCACACCACAUCUUAUUCCCCGGGAUGAAAACACAGACCCUGUGACCCUAGCCCACAUCUUGCACGCUUCUCACUACCUCAUACUGCCGACCGUCUCUUGCUCUCCACCGAGACCGUCGUCGCUGCUGCCUAGCCUCGAACGAACUAAAAGAAGUUGACCGGGAGUCCCACAGACAAACUUGAACACAUACGCUCGUCAUCGUCACCGUGUAUAUCGUUGCUGCAUUCUUGCUCUGCUGCUGCUGUAUAAAAAGUGCGCUUUUUCUUUUCCCUUAUCCUCGUCGGCUGUGCGUUCGAGACCGUGGUGUGCUGAGAAGCGAUCUUCCCUUUUUCUUUCGGUGUCUGUCUCGUCUAUCGGAAAUUGCCUGCAGGCGCCCUCGAUCGUCUUUGCUUGUUCCCGCGGACUUCAUCCGACGCUGCCCUUCUCCGCUAUCGACUCCGGCCCUCGUGACGCGCUGCGCUCGACUUGACCAUCGGCUCUCCUCCGACCUGCGUCUGCGACUUGGCGGGAUGCAUUUGAUCGUCCUUGCGCCUGCCUUCCCUUCCUCCCUGCUUCUCCUGGCCGCCGAUUCCACAGAAGGCUCCCUCGGAUCCCAUCCCCGAGACCUGCCUCGUGCACUCAUUCACUUGGACACUACCGCUCGUUUCGCGCCCUGCGCCGUCGCUCAUUCAAUCACUCACUCGCUAUCGCGUGUAUAUACAUACCAACUGCUUACACACUCGUCGCUGUCAUGCGGAAAGACCGUUAAUGGUGCAAGGGAUAGAUAGAAGUAGAAGUCGCUAGGAUAUACUCCGUGUAAUACUUAGGUCCACUGCUGUCGUUACUCAUGGGCUGUUUGGUCGUCUCGCGUCCUCUCCUGACCAUCGUUUCGCGUGGGCAGACAGGCUCCCGAAGACCGGAGGACCUCCGAAAUCCAAGUCCGAGAACUCGACCAGCUGGGAAGACGAACGCGCAGCGGCAAGCACCUUCUGGCUCGAGAGCCUGCUGAACAUCGACGACCUUCGGAUUCGGACUCGCGAUCGGAAGUCUCCCAGGCCGCGCGCUGCGCGUUCGACCCUUGCGCUCUAGCGCGGUUCGCGACGCCCGGAGCCUGAGGCCUGAGGCGUGAGCGUCGGCAUCCGACGUGCACGACGUCGCGGGUUCCCAUAUCCACGCGGAAG